UCUGGCAGGAAAUGCACAGAUCCAUUAAAAGGCAGACGGCACCGUUUGACAGAAGAGUGAUCAGUGAAACUGAACAUCAAUCAAACUACCUAAUGUGCUUCAGAGAUAAUGGUGUUGACGGAUUUUGCCAUCCCUCUAUUGGCAUUCAGGAACCCACCGAUCGGGAACCCACCGUGUUCUUUUGUGAGGUACCAGCUCACACUGUUUUGCUGUUGGAUGAAAAAGGAGUCUUGUUUGCUGGAAUUCACCAUCACCAACAUUUAGACUGCUGUGAACGACAGCCUUCAAAAGUUCAGGUUUUUUUUCUGGAUUUCCUGUGCCUAUCGUCAUCAGUGACCUCUCUUGACAGGCGAUUUGAGCCUUUUUGUCAUGCGACAUUUACCACUGCCUCUAUGAAUGGCUCCGACCGAAAGAACGUUUACUUUGCUAUGCCAGUGGAAUAGAAAAUAAUGAUGUUUUUAAACGGGAUUUAAAGCAGACAUAAAACAGUCCAAAGUUUCAGGAUUUUUUGGGCAAGCAAACACUCCGAUCAAGAAAUUCUUGCAGAUUUUUCAAACUAUGGCGACCACAGGAAGUUACACAACCAAUUCUACAGAUGCAGAUGUUGGGGAGGGCUCCCCGGAGGGGACAGACUCCCUUGGGGCCUUGGCUGUUUUCGUCAGUGUCCUGGCCACACUUGGGGUUAUCUUAAAUCUGAUAUUGAACCCGCUGAUGCUUCUUGUGUUGCAUCGCGUCAACAGCAUCCAGCAGACAACUACGAUCUUCAUGGCGUCUCUGACCGUCUGCGAUUUCGCGCACGGCCUAGCCUGGGCCUUCCAUUUACCGGAACAGUUCAUCCGAGCGUGGCCGCUGGGCACUUUUCUCUGUGCCGCGUCAGGCCCCGUUCAGUUCACUUUGCGAGCAAUGGGCAUCUAUUCUUUGUUUCUUCUGACGGUCGAUCGCUACAUCGCCGUGUCCCACCCGCUGAGAUACCCGGCAUUGUUAACCGCGUUCCGAGCGAAGCUAACAGUGUGCGUAACUUGGGCUGUUAUGAUCACGUUUUGUACUGGCCUGUACGGGAUUUACAGUCCGAAAUUCGUGAGGCCAGUUGCGCCUCACCUGUGCGUUUGGAACUACGACUGGAGACCGUACGUGUCAAUAAUCAGUGUUCUGUUAAUACUGGUGUCAAUUUUUGUCCUGUACGCGCUCAUGACGGCGAUAGCUGUUCAGCACACCCGGCGUAUUGCCCAGGAAAAUCUGGAGAGUGCAAGCGAGGAUGGACACAGAAGAUCGCACCGCAUGAACAAGAGACUUGGAACGACCGUCAUUAUCAUAACGGGGACGUUAAUCGUAACGUGGAUUCCAUGCGUGAUCAUGUCGGCUUUUAUUGUACAGCCCGAUCGCCUAGUCACUGCGGAUAGCUUUGUCUUCAUCCAUUUGGCCGACGUCAUGUUGUUGACAAACAGUUGGCUAAACAUAGUCAUUUAUUACAUACGGAAUAAGGAAUUGCGCCUGGCACUGCAUAGUAUACUUGCGGGAUGGUGCCAUCGUCUAUGUAGUUGUCAUGGCAACUCUACGUAAAACAUCAGUGAAUGGGAAAAAACAAAUAAAUGAUGAAGAAAUGCUGAUAAAAUAAUUAACCUUAACUGUUCCAGGCUCUCCAAACUUAACCAGGAGGUUGUAAGAAUUAGAAAAAGUGAGUCCACUAAUGGUCUAUAGUUUGGUAGUAAUUAAUGCGACCAGCAUUGCUGACAGGAAAUAUUGAGCCAGAUGGUCCAUAUCCGAUGAGAAAGCAAUUAGUGGAUGGAAAGUUAACAGAAAAAGCAUUGGUAAUGGGUUCCGCCUUCUCCUCAAUCAUGCAGGAUCAUUCCUGACAAGUUCAAACUUCAAUCAAUUCAUUCGUCAAUCACUGAAUCGUCAUGAAAGCCCCAUAUAAUCUUCGCAAAAAGCUGUCUCGUACUUUU